CAACAACCUCUCGCAAACUGUUUUGGAACUGUUCAUGAAUGCAAUUGAGAAAGAUGGCCUAUGGCCAUCACGUAUUCGCGUUGACCAUGGGGUGGAAAACGUAUUGGUAUGCGAUGCCAUGGUGAGUGCAAGAGGUGAAGGCAGGGGAAGUUUUAUUGCGGACCCUUCCACAAGAAACCAGAGAAUUGAAAGACUUUGGAGAGAUGUGUUUAGGUGUGUAUGUAGCUUUUUUUUUAUUAUAUAUUUUAUGCAAUGGAAGAUGCUGGUUUACUUAACAUCAACAGCCCUAUCGAUUUGUUUGCACUUCAUUUGACAUUUAUUCCAAGAAUAAAUUUUGCUCUUCGUGAGUUUUUGGAGGGUUCUAAUCAUCACCGGGUAAGAACAGCCAAUCACUGGUCUCCAUAUCAGAUGUGGGUAAAUGGUAUGCUUAAUACAAACAACCCAUUAGCACACGGGGAAUUGGAUGAAGACCCUGACGAUCUAGCAGUGUAUGGCAUUGAUCCAGCAGCACCAUCUCCUUUUGAGGAUAGUGACAACAAUGUGGUGGUUCCUCCAGUUAAUUUACCUGGGGACAAUCAGCUUAUUCAAUCAUAUGUUGAGGAUAGGAUCGACCCCCUAAUGCCAUCAACCGAAAUGGGAAUAGACAUUUAUGAAAUGAUCCACCAGAUCAUCCAAGAUAACAUUUAAUCAUAGAUGUAAUAGCUAUAGACCAUAACCAGUGGCAAAGCUAGCCAUAGCAACACGUUAAUCUAGGCAAAUUUUUACUGAUUUGCAUUCUGGUUGGAAAUAUUUAUUUAUCACAAGCUUUCGGCUGCCAUAAAACUCGUGAUAAAUAAAUAUUUCCAACGACCGUCUCAAAAUCAUUAUCUUUAAAAAUGUAUUGUAGAUUCACAUUGCCAUGGCUAGCUUUUCACCUGCUAUAAAUGUGUCUGUGUCACCAAAUACUUGAUUGCGUUGAUAUUUAUUCUGAACAAUAUAUAACAAUUUAAGUGAUAUUAGCCUGACAUGGUGAUAUUAGCAUGCACAGGAGGUGGAACAAGGAGUGUUCUACACCUAAAGUACUUCUGCUGAGAAGUCUCACCCUUCAAUAUCUCCAGAGUUGUAACUAAAGAGGUCACAAUGCAGAAAGCACAAAAAUGAUCAACAAAUAUUGUGACAUUUAUUAAUAUAUUAAUAUAUUAACAGAUUUUGUGCCACUUCUUGUGGCUCAAAAGUAUAUCAUAUUAUAUUAUAAUCUAUUAUAAUCUGACCUGCAUAUAUCGGCAUGUACUAAGAGGCGAAACGUCGAAACGAAACCACCGAAACGAAGAGGCCGAAACGAAACAGUAGCAGUAGAAACCACCGAAAAUUUAAGUUACAGGAAAAAUGCAAAAUAUUAAAAUAUGAAAUCUAUGGGAAAUGUUUUGGAAAUUUUAAGACAAUUUGGGGGGGGGGGGGAGCUUUUGAGGACUUUGACUACAUUAGCGCAGAAUACUAACGUGCUUCUGUUUAGGGCACUUGCCAAGGAGCGGAUAGAUGACAAACAUCGCGUGUGCAAAACACAAUAGAGAUGACUUUCUGAAUAGAUUGGUAUUCUAUGCUAAUGCAGUCAAAGUCCUCUAGGUUGUCCGAACUCCCCCCCCCCCCGAAUUGUCUUACAAUUUCCAAAAAAGUUCCCGUAGAAUUCAUAUUUUAAUAUUUUGCAACUUCCAUUUUUCCUGUAAUUUAUAUUUUCGGUGGUUUCGGCCUUUUUUUUUCGGUCGUUUUGGUGGUUUCAUUUCGACGUUUCGCCUUUUAUUAUGUUACAAAUACCUCCACUUUAAAUCUUUUGAGUUUACCAGGUUUUGCUAUUAAAGUUUAGCAGUAUCUGUUAAUACAAAAUUAAGAUUCAAAUGAACCAACCAAUUUGAAUUUUGAACAACUAUUUAACAAUAGCCAACAGUUUCAGCAUAACUAAACAAUCUAAACACAAGUAUUGAGUUAAAACUCCGCAGUAACCUUCAAUUGUCAUGUUUUGGUUUUUGAUUAAACAAGAUCUCUCCAUUCACAUGUGUCCAAAGUAAGCGCUCGCAAAGGCACAAUCAUAAGCGUGAAAGAGUUCUUCUUCACUUGGCAAAGUGGAAUUGUUGUCUGAACACUUUGGGAUGUACAGAGUAUUUGCACACGUGUUGGCUGUUGGGAGGUAUGAUCAACAAGAAUUGCCUUCAAAUGAUGCAUCCACAAACUCGAUGCAAGGGUGUACAGCAAAACCAAGAAGUGGUUCUUCGUCACUACAAGUUGCGAACUGAAGGAUAUGUUCCAGGGUUACUGAUCCUCGUUGUCCACUUGCGGCUUUUCUGGUAUACUUGGGAAAUAAUGCGUAGAUUUCAUUUUCACGGCGGUAUGCAUUAGAGCCGACUUCAGAAAACUUCGGCUGAAGAAGGCUAAUCAAUUUUCUUCUUGUCAACGAAGCAGCGGGGGAAGCUCUGAACAAAUUUCGGAAUGUUGGUAAACAAUGUCCUAUUUGACAAAGACCGAGCAUGUCAAAACCAUUCUGAAGCUUUGCAAUGCACAGAUUGGUGGGCGUCUUUGGUGAAAACAGUGCCUGGAGAUCUUCCUCAUUUAGGAACCUUGGAAUAGCUCUGUUCUGCAAGGUGCUGAGGGCCAUUAUCAACCCAACAAUGGUAUAGUCGUCCGCAAGAUGUGCUUUGAGGCCAUUAUCAAAAUAUGUAGUCUUGUUUUCUUUUAAGCAAAUGCGGAAAAAUUCCCUGCGGGGUCCACCAUUAUCCUGAGCGGUCUCAUUAUAAAAAGACACUUCAAGUUACUCUUGGAUUCUCAAUGGAUUUCACUUCUUCAAAUGCAGUUUUUAAAACAUCGUAUCUAUUAAUUAAGAUGUAGGAAGUUUCACCUUCUUAGCUGACAGUGACAUCUUGUACAUCCAAUGGCCUGCCAGUAACAAUACAACUUUGGACAUAACGUAAGAUUUCUACAGGAUUUGUAAUGUCAUUACUUUUACAAUAAUCGACACAAUCACAUGCAACUGAUUCCAAUGGACCUCGGAAGCUUGCUCUAGAUUCUCCUUUGUUUUCUUCUAAAACCCACAGGUUCUUUGGUUUUGGUACUUCUUCAACUGUUUUCUCAGGUGCAGGCAAUUCCACUACUUCAUCCAUAGAAAAAGCUGGCCUGGACAAUGUUUCUGAAAGAUAACAAAUUUUGGCUUUUCAAAAGACUGCACUUUAUAUAAUAAACAGAAAACUUCAUGGAUGCUUCAAAAUACCAGAUUUAUUUCUCGUGUUGAACAUUUCACUCCUUCGCUGUGCUCACGCUUGAGAUAUCAUGUUCAAUACUCAAAAUAAAUGUUGUAUUUCCGUGCACCCAUGUAUUGGCUGAUCGCAUUAUUAAUCCAAACCCCC